CAGCUUUUAAUACAUUACGGGCAUGUUGCCGCUGAAAGAGGCUUGUGUGCUUCUUUUACUUCUCUUUCUCUCGGACGCUUCCUCAUCUGCUCUUGGCAGGGAUUGGAACACAAGGAGACAAGAGUGUGGUUGUGACAGGCGAACACAGGAGAGAGCAGCGGCAUGCCUGAGGUUGCGAGGAGGGUCCUACUUGUCAGGUCAAGACACCAAGCCCGUCAUCAUCCGCAAGCCGAGACCCGUAGAGAGCUCGCAGUCGAAGCCGAAGCAAGGAGAUGCUGCGAAAGAGAGCCCCACAGAAGUGAGCCACGAGAUCAAGACGGCCAUCAUGAAGGCUCGUCAGGCCAAGAAGAUGACCCAGAAAGAUUUGGCGCAGGCUCUCAACGAAUCGGUGCAAACGAUCCAGUGGUAUGAGAAUGGGAAGGCUGUUCCUAACAAUGCGCUCAUAGCCAAGAUGGAGAGAGUGCUUGGGACGAAACUUCCGAGGGUUAAGAAGGUGAAGCAGAGCGCCGCGACAGCAGACGAUGAGAAGCAGCACUCUGUCACAUCAGGAGGAGCAUCUUAGCGUGUAAAUUAGAAAGCCAUCACAGUUCCAGUGAAAUGAAUUCAUUGAUCAUCUC